AUGCCGUCCACGCAGAAGAUCGUGUUUUUCAUGGGGUGCGCGUGCUGCACCGCCGUCUCCGUGGCUCUCCUGGGCUACGCCAUGUCGACGAAGUGGGCCCAGACGCGCGUGGAGUGCAGGGGCCUCGUGAGCGACACCUUCAACGGGACCGGGGUGAUCACGUGGGACCUGUUCUCCGGGACGUUUGACUCGAACUUCUGCCCGUUCAUAGGAAAUUCUGUUGAGUUUAAAGUCUUCGAAAAAAUUAAGGACAGUGGGGCUCCUGCGGUCCUGUACGUUCUGGUUGUGUUUUUGCUGUGUCUGUGUCUGGUGUUCUCGGCCCUCAGCAUCCUCAUCGCGCUCUACAACAGUGUCAGUAACCCUUACGAGACGUACAUGGGGCCCAUUGGAGUCUACAUCUGCAGCUCUAUCAGUGCCAGCGUCUCUGCGCUCGUGCUGAUCCUGUUUGCGGUGGCGGUCAGUGCGACAAACAUGGCGGAGAGCGUGAUCCUGGGCCAGGCGGAGGGGACGGCCGUGGAGAUGAGGAACAGACAAGCGACGUUCUACGCGGGGUACUUCCUGGUCAUCCCGUACACCAUCCUGUCUCUGGCGUCCAUCGCGGUCAUCUACAUGUACGACCACGCGGCGUACACUCACCGCCGCGAGCAGCAGAGGCCCACCGAGGACGCACCUAAAGAAAUCAUGAUGUACUAA